CCGUUUCGGCAACAGAGCGACGAUUGUACGACAAACAAUUCUUCCAAAGGACAACCGAAUCGCCCGUUGGCUGCUUACAAGCCGAGGAAAAGCUUUUGCGUGAAGCGAACCGGUCUACGUUAUUAUCAUCGCCGUUUAACGUCGCCGCUAACGUGACUAGAGCAAACCGGUGGCUAAGAUUGUUGAUGGGCCCGCUGGCGGCGGAAGCCCCGCAUUCUUUCACUGCAUGGAUUCAAUGAGUCGCAACGAGGCGAACAGCAGCAGCCACCACCAGAACAAGGUGGUCUUAAUGAAUCAAGGAACUGAUAGCAAUAACGAAGGAGCUAAUAAUCUAACAAGUAGCGGUAGCACAAGUAACAGCAGCAGCGGCGGCGCCAACAGCCACAGUAACAGCACACGAGGCAACAACAGCAGCAGCAGCACUAGCAGCAGUAGUAGCAGUAGUAGAAACAAUCUUAUUAGUAUAAGUGGUAGCAAGAGCAAUAGCAGCAGCAGUGAAGUCGUCGGUAACCCUAGCAACGAAUCGUUCAGCAGCAAAGGGAAUCCCGCUCUACAUCAGCAACAUCGUCUUCAGCAACAUCCGGUGCCGAGUUCGCUUGAUCCUGCGUCGGUAGAGUCUGACCGUGGUAGCUACAACUCGCUAGUAGUGGGUGUUGUUGGGGUGGUGCCGACUGCCGUCCCUUCUGCGACGUCAUCUGCCGCAGCGGAUAUUAAGGAUUCUAAUUUUGACGACGACAACGAGUGGGACGUAGGGAUAGGAGAUUUAAUAAUCGAUCUAGACGCCGAUAUUGAAAAGACUGGUGCCAGUCAGCAGCAGCAGCAGCAACAGCCACAGCAACAGCAACAGCAGAGACAGCAACAACAGUCUCAACAACAGUCGAAUUCAGGUGGUGGUGUGCUGCAAUUCCUAGCAACCGGCAGUGGCAGUAGUGGCGAGCCCACAUCAGUCAUUUCGUCAGUAACUGCACCUAGUAGCAAUCAAGCACGAAGCGGAAACGGUUCGGGAAAGAGCAGAAAAACAAGUCCGGCUAGUGUUUCAAGCGACACUAGAGAGAAGCAUACAUCGUCUAGUGCAGGAGGCACGGCGAGUAACUCGAAAGGACACCAUCAUCAUCAUCAUCACCAUCACCACCAUCAUCAUCAUCACCAUCAUCGUCACAAGCAGCAGCAGCAGCAGCAGCAGUUGAGUGGUAGUAGCAGCAGCAAUAAUUCCGGUAGUAGUACUAGUUCGAGCUCAGCAGAGAAAGGUGGAGAUUCGCAGGCUAGAGCUUGUGCGUCUAGUAAUACUGCAACGGGUGGUUUAGAUCCCGCUGUUGUAAGCACUGCUCCUGCUUCUUCUGUAGCACAAGGAGUUAGACCUCAUUCGGGUAACGACACAACCGACAACAGUGGUAGUUCACAUACCCACGGUGGUAGCCGAAGUAAACAAAACGCACCGGCGGGAAUCAGCAGCAGUACCAGCAAUACCACAAUGUCUUCGACUACCAGCAGCUCGGGCAGCAAGUCGACGACCAAAUUGUCCGUUGACCACCAAGCAACCCUGGACAAGGGGCUUAAGAUGAAAAUCAAGCGCACUAAACCGGGCACCAAAACGUCCGAAGCAAAGCACGAAAUUGUUAAAUCAGAUCAAAAUGGCACAACACCUACAACAGCCACAUUAAGUGCGGCCGGCGGCACAGGUGUCGGCACGGCAGGCAUUGGAUCGUCCGCAGCCCUAACAAGCACGACCGGUGUUACAGGUAUAACCACAGCGUCUUUGGCAGGCACAGCAUCCGGGUCGUUGCCGGGUGGUGUUGGUGGGCUGGGUGGACCAUCGAUGAACGCUAGCAGCGGAGGUACAACCACUGGUCAUUUAACGACUGAUUCCGAUAGUACGGGUAUUGGCAGUGGAGGAACAAUUGGAACGGGAGGAGGAGUCAUGAAUUCGGGUCUAAAUUCGUCAACGGGUGGUGGUCAUUCAAGUAGUGGAUCGGGAGUAAUUGGAUCGGUUGUCAACUGUGGCAACAAUGCUCUCAAUAGCAACACACCCAAUGGCAGUAACAACAGUAGUUUAAGUAUGAGCAACAGUGGUAACACUGCCAGCAAUAGUGGGACUGCCAGCGGGAACAGCAUUAAUACCGGCAGCAUCGUUUUGGGUAGCUCUGGCAAAAAACAUUCAUCCCAGUCAUCCAGCAGCAUGGGCACGAUAGGAGGCAACAGCAGUAGUGGUGGUGGUGGUGGUAGUGCUAGUGGCAACGCUCAACAGCAGCUGAGCUCUAACAUGCUUACAUCGCAACAGCAACAGGCCCAGCUGCAGCAGCACCAACAACAUCCACAGCAAGGGGCUCAAAGUGGUUCAAAUAAGCGGGGCAGCAGUAGUCAUCGGAGAGACAAGGGGAAGGAUAAAACUACACAUCACAAUCAACGGGACAAGAAUGAGCAGCAGCAGCAGCAGCAUCAAGGAUCUGCCGCUGGUGGUGGCGGACCAGCGGAUAUUGGUGGGAUCGGUCCAGGCGGACUACCCAGCAGUCGGUCUACCAGUAGUAGUAGCAGUAGUAGCGGUGGCAGUAACUGCAUUUGCGUUGUUAAUCACGAUGUACAAGUAAACGGGUUACUUCAGCAACAGCAGCAGCCCUGCUCCAGUGCGUCCUGUAUAUAUGCCAAGUCUGGAAGCAAUAGUGGUGAUCAUGGCAGUGGUGGCAGCAUAACACUUGGUUCUUCGCACCGAAUGGGAGCAGGAGGAAUCAUUCCAGGGAGUUUAAGUGUUGGAGCCGGUACGAACUCUGGCAGUAGUGCAAACACUCCGAACGCUCCUGGCCCACCGGUGCUUGGAAAGGACAUCAAUAAGUUGCUAAACUUAAAUGUCCCUAGUACGGGAGCACACAAUUCCAGUGGAAAUAAUACAAACAACAGUAGCAGUAUAUCCGGCACGGGUUCCAGCAGCAGCAUCGCGAAUGCCAGCAACAGUCUCCAUGGAGGAACCGGUGUGCUAAAGGCUCAACUGCAGGCUGGAUCCAUGGUAGGAUCUGCCAGUGAUGCUUCCGGCUCGACAACAGCAAACAUGAUGGGUGUUGGAAUGUAUGCGGGAAGUGUAACAUCCUCACCGAACCUUUCGGCGGCUCUAUCAGCACACGACGACAAAAGUGGUUCGAGCCCUCCACCCGCCAAGCGUCACAAGGGCGAACGGAAGGAAAUGGUGGACGUUUGUGUUGGUACUUCCGUUGGCACAAUAACGGAGCCGGACUGUUUGGGUCCUUGCGAACCGGGGACGUCCGUUACGCUUGAGGGAAUCGUUUGGCACGAAACUGAAGGUGGUGUUUUGGUAGUGAAUGUUACUUGGCGAGGCAAAACCUACGUCGGCACGUUGAUCGAUUGCACCAAACAUGAUUGGGCGCCGCCAAGGUUUUGCGAUUCCCCAACUGAAGAAUUAGACUCGAGAACACCAAAAGGACGAGGCAAACGGGGACGCAGUUCUGCGUUGUUGCCAUCGAACGAUCUUAGCAAUUUCACAGAAACGCGAAGCUCGAUGCACAGCAAGUUAAGAAAUGGUGGUUCGAAAGGCCGCGGAGGAAGAGGAGGCAUCAUUGAGCCGAAUGCUGCAAGUAGCGUUGCAACCGGUGGCACAAAACUUCCAACGCUCACAGCCAGUGCAAAUGUUCUUGGAACAGUAAACAAUGGUGGAUCGCUUGGUGCAGCCAAUACGCCAUCGACUUCCCCGGUAGCUUUUCUUCCGCCACGGGCAGAAAAACGCAAAUCAAAAGAUGAGUCGCCUUCUCCACUUGGCGCCGGCAGUGGUGGUGGUGGUAGUGGUGGUAGCGGAUCAGGAGUCGGCAGUAACAAUGGUGCACAGAACAACACCAUGAGCAAUAAUGUGAUAAACCCAGCGGCUGUAAAUAUAGGCAGCAACAGCUCCGGCAAUGGAGGAAAUGGUUUUAACAAUGGAUCGAACGCCGACGGCGGUGGCCACACGUCCAAUACCGCAUCAAUCGUUAAUCUCGUAACGGGAUUGAAUGUACAGGUAAGUGGUGGUGGUGGUGUUGGUGUAAGCAGUGGAAACGGUAACAUAACCGGCGGCGGCGGAGUUGGGUCGGCCUCCAAAAAGGCGAAAAGCAGCACUGCUGCGGCGUGUGCUAUUUCUCCAGUGUUACUCGAGUGUCCUGAACAAGACUGUAGCAAAAAGUACAAGCAUGCCAACGGGCUAAAGUACCAUCAGAGUCAUGCACACGCGGGAAGCGCCUCAUCGAUGGAUGAGGAUUCAUUGCAAGCGCCCGAGUCCCCGCAACGAAUAGCACCUUCUCCAACAACCAACAACACGACACCGUCGCCACUGUCCAUGGUCGUCGGCAGCAAUACAGCUCUUCCUGCAUCAGGCACAGCUCCAGGAGGUGGUGGUUCGUCGUCUACGGGCAACAACAGUGAGCUCGUGCUAGCCCUGUCUGCUACGUCGGGUGGAUCCGGUUCCAACUCUGCACUAGCGACAUCAACUGCUCCGUCACCAUCACCAACGGUGUCCGGUUCUACUUCCUGCAUUUCAACGAUGUCUAGUCAAUUGUCACAACAAAAUUUAGCAUCUAAACAACAGUCUGGGCUUGGCACAAAUAAUGCCAACACAAUCAACAAUAGUUCCGCCGUGGGUGGUGGAAUGAGUUCACAAGACGCCAAUGCAGCGACUAGCAACAUUCUACACCUGCCAUCUUCUGCCGAUCAAAUUGGAUCAUCCGCUGUACCUACGGCGUCUCUUGGUGGCAAUGAACAGCAAGAUGUUGCUUACGGCACCACUGGUGAUACGUCGACAGAUGGAGGUUCAUCAUCAAUGAAUGAUGAAGAUCCAAGUAUAACUGGUGUAGCGGGAGGCUUGAAUGUUAAUGCACCGGUGGCAAUAGCACGAUCGCCGGCAGUUAACAUUGGAAUGUUAUCAAAUCCUCCUGCAUCUACACCUUCUACUCCCGUGGAUGCUCAUAAACCUCCGCAUAGUUACACUAAACAGAAGAAGAGUCGCAAAUCGCCCGGUCCCUCCACCAACACCGAUUAUGAUGCGCUGGCUUCGUCAGCGGCUAACCGUACCGAAGACGUGCAGAGUCCAGCAUACAGUGAUAUCAGUGACGAUUCUACUCCCGUUACCGAUGCGACAGACCUGCCCACGGGAGCGACAGAAAAAACAAAAGGAUCUCAUUUGACGGAAGGCACCAGAAAACCUAACGAAGCCCCGGUGGAAUCUGUGAGCAAUCCUACCAACAGUGCGCCCACUGCGGGUGGUCCUCUUGGAGCAUUAUCCAGCUACGGUCUUUAUCCCUAUUACGCUGGAUUGCCCCAUCAGCAGCCACCUCCACCACCGCCUCCUGGUGGUCCGUACUUCCCCACGGCGGCAGAUCUGGGUCCGAAUAAGCCUCCACCGCCUCCGCCUAUUGGUUCAGUCCCCUUACCUCACGGUGUAGCUACUAGCAUUGCGCCUCCAUCUGCCUCCGCCGUUGGAGGUCCGCUCGAGUACAGUAAAAACAAGGAGCCGCCGUUGGAUCUUAUGAACAAACCGAACAACGCAGGACCACCCCAACAUCCGUUACAUCAAUCACAACCUCCGUCGUCCGCAUUACCUCCGCCGCCAUCUUUGGCACCGAGCGGACCACCUACAGGGCCGGAUAGUGUGCGUACGGCUAGCGGGCUGAUGUUGAAUCCUUCCGUAACUGCUGGAUUGUCUCCAUUGACCGGAGGUCCUGAUGUGAAGGAUGGCUCCAUACUAAAUGCUGGUCCUCCACCACCCCCAGGUGGAAAAGUAUUGCCUCACUACUAUCCUUACAGCUAUGUCCCACCCGGUUAUAAUUAUCCUGGGCUCGAUGCUGGUUAUGGUCAGCUGUCGGUAAUAUCGGACGAAUCCAAACACAGCCCUAUUCUAACAGUCAAGGAGGAACGAAUGAAAGAGAGUCAAAGUCCUAGCGAGUACAGUAAACUGGGUGCUUCUCCGCUCAUGGCCUCGAAACUCAUAAAAUCGGAAUCUACGAAAGACAUAAAGACUGAACCAGGCCUAAGUGGAAGUGGCGGCGCAUCGUUACACGGACCCGGUUUGCAUUCGAAAGAUCCUCAACAAGCUGGCCCAAAUCAACAACCGCCUUCCCUACCACCACAAUCACUCGGUCCAUAUGGUAGCAUGUUCCGACACGGGUUGGGCGUUGGGCCACCACCAGGUGGUCCUCCACCGCCGCCGUCCCACAUCCCCACAUCGAGAGAGGAAGAUCUUCGAAGAAUGUUCAGCUACGGCGAUCAACGUCGUAAUCCACCACCAUCUGGUCAUCCCGGUGGUCCACCGGGACUACCACCCGGUCUAAAUCCGAAGGACGAGCCCCACUCACCAUCAUCACACGGGCCAGCGCAACAGCAAUCGGGGAUGCUUGGGCAACCGCUAACAAGUCAGAGUUCCGGCAAAAGUUCAAAAUCUUCUUCAGGCCAAUCUGGUUCAUCGUCCUCAUCUAGUAGUGGCAAAGGGAUGGGGAAAGGUUCGGACAGUGGUAGCGGAAACAUUAAGCAGGAGGAGAAAGAAAGUGCCCUGAAAAUGAAACAGCAGGAAGGACAAAAGCCGACAAUGGAAACACAAGGUCCACCGCCACCGCCAACGUCACAGUACUACUCACCUUCGCUCUACAUGAGCGCGUCUCCGUUUGGGUUUGAUCCGAACCAUCAAAUGUACCGACAGAUGCUGGUUUCAACCGCACCGUACUCUGCGCCACCGUACCACUUGCAAAUACCGCGUUUCAACCAUCCGCCCGAGGAUCUGUCGCGAAAUCAGAGUACAAAAGCGCUAGAUCUGCUACAGCACCAUGCCAGUCAGUACUACAACUCACACAAGAUACACGAGCUUAGCGAGCGGGCAAUGAAAAGUCCUACCAGCAACAGCGUUAAAGUAAGCGUAUCAAGUCCCAAUCUCUCGCAGCAACCCGGUUGCCAAAAUCCUAAUCUAUGCAUUCCUCCACCAAACAGUAGUAGCGCAGGAUUGUCUUUACAGCAACAGCAGCAGCAGCAACAGUCAGCUGCUGCCGCGCAACAACAAUCAGCUAAUUCUGGUAGUGGUGGUGGUGGUGGUGGUGUUGGCGGAGGUGGCGGCGGUGGUGGUGGUGGGCCACCACCAUUACAGCAAUCAUCGCAACCUCCUUCAACUGGUAACCAUAUGCAAGGAUCAGCAGUAAAUAGCAAUAGCGGGAGCGGUGGUAAUGUAAAUAGUGGUAACACCGGUCCCGGUGGUGGUCCUGGUGGAGCAAAUAGCGGCAGCGGUGGGAACAGUGGUAAUACUGGCGGUGGUGUUGACGGUCAAGGCAAAGAUCAUGGUGGCGGCAGUAGCUCUGGCAGUUCUCAACAGCAAUCUUCCUCCGGCGGUGGUGGUGGUUCUGGUAGUGGCGGAAACGCUGGAUCUCGAAGUCCUCCACCGCAACGUCACGUGCACACACACCAUCACACACACGUGGGGCUUGGUUAUCCGAUGUUUCAAGCACCGUACGGAGCCGUACUAGCAAGUCCACAGGCGGCAGCCGUUACCGUGCUAAGUCCUUUCCAGACGGGUCCGCCAACCAAGUGAAGCAAGGAAAUGUCCUAUCGGUCAACGGACAGAUAAGCACCGAU